AAACGGGGAAGAUGUCUGUAAGGAGAGCUAACUUGUUGUCCUACAACAACCGGCGCGUUGCCCGAUGGUAUUUUGGGGGCGUGGCCAGUUCGUUUGCCGCCCUGGUCACUCAUCCACUGGACUUGAUGAAGGUGCUCAUCCAGACGCAGGCGGAGAAGCUAUCGCUCUUUCAGACCUCAAAGAAGAUUGUUCGCGAGCAGGGCGUUUUGGCCAUGUACAGUGGCAUCUCGGCCUCGAUGUUGCGCCAAUAUACCUACACGCUGGCCCGCUUUGGCAUUUAUACGGCCGGAUCGGAAAUUAUCGAUACAAGCACCAUGACUAGCAAAACGCUUCUGGCGGCAGCUGCUGGAGGAAUCGGCGGUUAUGUGGGUGCUCCUGCUGAUCUCAUCAAUGUCCGCCUGCAGAACGAUGUCAAGUUGCCUCCGGAAAACAGACGCAACUACAAGCACGCCAUCGACGGACUCGUAAGGAUCACCCGCGAGGAGGGAUGGCGCAGUCUGUUCAACGGCUCCUCGAUGACCGCAAUACGGGGAAUGCUGAUGACUGUGGGCCAGAUCGCCUUUUACGAGCAGAGCAAGAACAACCUGGUGAAGCUGGGCAUGCCGGAGAAUAUGAGCACCUACAUCGUAGCAUCAGUCAUCUCGGCCACGGUGGCCACUUCCUUAACACAACCGAUCGAUGUGGUGAAGACGCGGCGGAUGAACGCUGCACCCGGGGAAUAUUCCUCACUCACAGAUGUUUUUUUUAAGACUUCAAAGGAGGGCCCACUGGCCUUUUUUAAGGGCUAUGUUCCAGCCUUAACGCGUCUAUUGCCGCAUACUGUUUUGCUGUUCCUAGGCCUCGAGUUCCUUAGGACCCAUUUCGGUUAUUUGCCAGAGCCAAAAAAAACGGGUCCUUACUAUCGCUACAGCGACGACGAUCAAUAAAAUUUCUUGUGUGUGUAAAUAAAAAUUUAUAAAUUUUAUACUCUUGCAGAGUAUAUAUAUUCUA